GAACCACCAACGAACAUCAUCAGCAGGCGAUAUAUACUUGAUGGUUGGCGUUCUAACAUACAUACAUACAUAGUCACAAAAUUACGUAUGUGGUCUAUCAUCAUCAACAGCACUCCUGUUGAUCAAAAAAUGUCCCCGUUUUCUUCAAUGAGCCACAACGACUAACCAUAAGUGACUAAAGAGCUAAAUUAAAUGGGGAUUUACAUUUGCAGUAAGCAUAAGAUAAUGGUUACGAGUAUAAAUUGUUUGACAAAAGCCAAAGGAGGCACAGUUUUCCAUAAACCAUUGAAGUGUUGCAAUUUACUUAGCUACAAGAAAGAGAAAUACCAUAAUCUUUGAAAAUGUCCUUAAACAUUGGUGGAACCGCAACUGACAAUGCCAAAGGAGGUCAUGACAUUAAUGUCAAAGCCAUGGGACAAGUUGGUGAUAAUAGUUUGGGAGCUGCUGCCGGUGUAUUUGCCCAAGGAAACAAUAAACAUGGUCCAGCUACAACGGGAGCCUUUGCUGAAUUGAGUUCUAACGGCCAUGGCUUGGGUAUACAACACAGCAAUACCCAUGGUGUUAGCAAGUCAUUGGGUGAAAAUCUACGCAUCAAUACUUUUAAAAAUGAUCAACAUUCGGUGGAUCUGAAUGCCUUUCAUAAUCGUACUCAAUUGCAAAAUGGUUUAAAAUUUGAUGCGGUGGGUGCUAAUGCAGCCUGGUCUCAUGCCCAGGGUCACUCGGCUACUCUGGGUGUGACACAAAUUCCCAAAUUUGGCAUUACCACCAUGGGAGCCACUGGCACCGCCAACCUCUGGACUUCACAAGAUAAAAAUUCAUCAUUUAAUAUGAAUGCGUUUGGCAAUAAGCAUAUAAGUGGGCCGUUCCGAGGUCAACGUGAUUUUGGAGGUGGCUUUGGCUUUUCGCAUAGAUUUUAAGUACUUCAAGUUUAUUUAAGUUUAAGUAGUCAUGUCUCAUAUUAAUUAAGAAAUACCAAUAAAAUUAAUAAAUAGUUAACAAACAUACAAA